GGACACUCAUAGAUGUUGGACGGGGAAAAGAUGGCGGCGGCCAUGGUACAAAUGUCAUGUUUGUACCGUGGGAUGUUGGCGGUCAGGGCCACUGGCAUCCGACCGCUGAUUCCAGGACUUGUACCAUCUCACUUCAGGGCGUUUUCCAUAAAGAAAGAACCGGAGUUAGAGGAAAAUCCGUAUUAUAAUAAAUAUGAAGAGAAGAUCAGGAAACUGCGCAGUUCAAAACCUCAAGAAUAUAAAGCCCGAUUAGAGAAGCGCAGUGAGAAGAAGACGGAGCCGCUCGGACAGUCCAGACAAGCAGAGUUCGUGAAGUACAUGGAGAAAGAGUUGGACAAACGUGGGAAAGCAGGAACUGGGGGCUUCACCAAAGAUAUGACAUUAGGAUCUCUUCUUAACCUUGAUAUGGUUCAGGAGAAAUCUGGAUCUGAAAUUGCAGAGCUUUGGAUGCAGCACUUCUCGAAGAAAGACACAAUUAGUGCCGUCAUACCAGGCUCAACAUUUGAUAUUAUUUUUGGCCGUGCCAAAUCUUGCCCAACGUUUCUGUAUGCUCUACCCCAGAAGGAGGGCUAUGAGUUUUUUGUCGGCCAGUGGGCUGGUCAUGAGAUGCACUUCACAUCUUUAAUCAAUGUUCAGACUAUGGGAGAAAAUGCUCCCAGCCAGCUUAUUUUAUACCACUAUACAGACCUGCAGAAGGACAAAGGCAUCGUGCUGAUGACCGCUGAGAUGGAUAUCAAAUUUGUGACUGUCCACCAGGCACAGUGCUUGGCCAAUCAGGUGCAGCUGUUUUACGGAUCGCAACGGCUUGAGACUUUCCGAUUGGUCGAGAACUUCAACCACCAACCAGAAGAGUUUAAACACAUGUCUGUGAUAGCAGAACUAGAACAGAGUGGUAUUGAACCAGCAGUCACUACAAACUAAUCCUAAGGCAUUAAAUAUGGUGUUGCCUAAUGUGGACUGUCGCCAUGGGAAAGAAACGCUCUGUAACUAUGUAUGGAGUCCUGUGAGAGUCUCUGCAGCCAGAUAAGAAGAUUAUAUGUGUUGCCUUUCAGCAUUUGUGAGAUAAACAGACAUGUCAACAGACAAAAUACUGACACAAAAUACUGUACUCUUGUGGUUUUAUGAUUAUUUUGUGCUUGAAAUACAAAAAGGAAGCUUAUUAUUAGGAUGCCAUAUGUCUCCCACAA